GUUGUUUACGAUUCAAAGUCUAAAAGUCCUAUGAUCCGAUUCAAAGUAUCAGCCAAGAAAGAGGCUAUCGGAAAUGGCUUCAGGUGAUAAAACCCUAGAUGAAGCUACUUCGUCUUCGUCUUCGUCUUCUCCAUCGCCAUCUUCAUCCGAGAAUUGGAAGGGGCGAAUUCUUAUCCCUACUUUCCUUGCAGGGAUUGCUGGUGGAGGAGUUGGAUUGGUAUCAAAGCAUCGCAAAGUUCACGGCCUCGCUAACAUUUCCGCCACUUAUGCCACUAACUUUGCCAUUGUCACUGGCUGCUAUUGCGGUGCUCGUGAGUUUGUUAGAAGAAGUAGAAAUUCACAACCGGACGAUUUACUAAAUUCAGCAAUCGCAGGUUUUGGUAGUGGUGCUGUUCUUGGCCACCUUCAAGGUGGUCAAAUUGCUGCUAUCCGUUACUCGAUCAUAUUUGCUGUUGUGGGAACCACGGUGGAUUUUGCAACUCUUAAACUGAAACCCAAAUUGAAGAGCUUCCAAGAAUCUGUCCUAGGAAACAGUGGAGGUUCACAGAAGAAUGGUGGUGGGUUGAGAUUGCCAGAGUGGUCUCCCAUUCAAGUCCUUGAUGAAGAAGCCCUUGCAGCAAAACGUGCUCGGGAACAACAGUUGAAUGCGCACAGAAAUGUUAAUUUGAUCAAAGAAGAAACUUGAGAAUACUUAUUCUGUAUCCAAACUUUGAUGUGGUCUCUUUGGUUCUCAUUAGUGGCGUGGUUUCAGUACACUAAAUAGUAAAUCAGGAUAAUGUCUUGUAUUCUGGCAUUCCUUUUUCCUCUCCAUGUUGAUCCAUGCUCCAUACAUGCAAUUUUUUUGUGUAUUCUGAGACGACGCAAGUGUUUACCUGUUGCUUUGUCCAGUUAAAUACUGCCCAAUUCUAUAAGAAUUUGUUGGCUACCAGAUAUUUAUUUGGUUGGUGAUCGUGAUUGCUUUUGUAAGGCUGUAAAAUUUCAGCAGGUUGAAAUGAUAAUGGACG